GGUAGCUAAAAAUUGUUUUACCACUGCGGAGAGGCACUCGACGUCAGGAAACAAGAGGGUUAGGUGUCAAAUUUUGUCCUUCUUUGCGAGGCGCCUGCGGUCAAAUCAAUUGGAGCCACAAACGAGGUCAUACUAGAUUGCGUGCAAGCGGUCCAUACACACCGUAACAUACACCUCUGAAUUUUUGUGGAUGAUGAGUCAGCCAGUGGCGGCGACCUGCUGAUUCGCCACCAAAGGCUUUUUUAUAGUGCCCAACACAAUAAUGGGUGAAGUGGCAAAGAUCAAGAAGUUCCUGGCGGAGGCGCGCUACCACCACCAGGAAGCGACCAGCGUUGACAUGGUCAACGUGAUGAAGCAGUACAAGGGGCUUGUGUCCAACCUGGAGCCGUACGUCUUCAACGACGGCACCUGCCGAAAGCUGACCAAUCUCUCUGGUACCAUUCCGGUGCGCUACAAGGGCAACACCUACAACAUACCCGUCCGCCUCUGGCUCAUGGACACACACCCUUACAACUCGCCUAUCUGCUAUGUCGCCCCUACCGCCGACAUGUGCAUAAAAGUUUCUAAAUUUGUGGAUCAUAAUGGCAAGGUCUACCUGCCGUACCUACACGAGUGGGACGCGAGCAAGGCAAAUCUUUUGGGUCUGGUGCAGGUCAUGAUCACAGUUUUUGGGGAGCAGCCGCCCGUCUACACCAAGUCGAAGGCGCCUUACCCAACACAGCAGGCCAUGCCCACAGCCUCUCCUCCGUACCCUGUGUAUCCUGGUGCAGCGACGCCCUACCCUGCCAUGCCUUCGCAGGCAAUGCCUCAACCUGGUGGCUUUCCCCCGUACCCUUCGAUGGCCUCGGAAACACCCUACCCUCCGGCCUACCCUCCUGCAAGCUCAGGGUAUCCCCCUCCACAACAGACGCCUUAUCCACCGAUGCAGCCAAGCCCCAUGGCAUCAGGCUAUCCACCCCAGGCUGGGGUUGGUGCUGGAGGCGGUACAAUCACCGAGGAGCACAUCAGGGCGUCCCUGCUCUCGGCUGUUGAGGACAAACUGAGGCGUCGACUGCGAGAGCAAUUCUCACAGGGCACGGCCGAACUUGAGACCCUGAGACGCACCAACCUUGAACUUGUCCAAGGCAAAAGCAAACUCGAAGGCCUAGUUGGCCGCCUAGAUAAGGACUGUGCUGAACUGGACAAAGCAAUCGCCACCCUGGAAGAAAAAGAAGCUGAGUUGGAGAAGGGAUUGGGCAAGUUGUCUUCAGAGGAACCGAUUGACAUUGAUGAGGCGGUGACCACCACUGCGCCCCUUUAUAGGCAGCUCUUGAAUGCUUUUGCAGAGGAGUCUGCCAUCGAGGAUGUCAUUUACUACUUGGGCGAGGCGCUGCGCAGGGGCCGCAUCGACCUGGACGCCUUUCUCAAGCAGGUGCGCGCCCUCUCACGAAAGCAAUUCAUGCUUCGUGCCUUGAUGAACCGGUGCCGACAAAAGGCUGGACUUGCUGGUUGAUUACUGUUAUUCAAACCAUUCUUAUUUUAUUAUCUCUUUUAAUCAAUUGCAAUUUUCAUUUAAGCCUUAUUAGUCAACUCACGCAUCUUUAUUCACUAUAUAAAAAUGAUUGUGUAAAUAUACAAGUAUUUUGUAAGCAGAUAAGACAAAAAAUAAAAGGCUAGGUACUUUCCGAUGCCACUCAGCAGCAAAACAGCAUUUUU